ACGAAACCGGAUGUUGGCUGUCUCGACCAACCACAGAAUGUAGGCCAGAUAGGAAGGAUACGACUAGACGGGACAGAUAGGUUUCAACUUUGGGAGUAUAUCACCUGUCUCUGCUUUAGAUUAUUAAGUUAGGCGAGAAGACACGGAUUUAUCACAAAUGGCGUGAAGCUGCUCCGUUUUGGGGUCCCGGUGUGAGAGAGUUCGGAGAUGGAGUGGUGUCGGCGGGCAGGAGGAGCCAGCGGGUUGCUGUGCUCCAUGUCUCUGCUCUGUGUCCUCCUGGACAUUCAGCUGGACGGUGUUCUGGGGGCGACUCAAGCCGAGAUCGAGCACCAUUUGGAGAUGGGUCGCAAACUGUUGGCCGCCGGUCAGCUGGCCGAAGCCUUGUCUCACUACCACUCAGCUGUGGAGGGAGACUCUAAGAAUUACUUGACCUACUACAAGCGAGCUGCGGUGUUCCUGGCAAUGGGAAAGUCCAAAUCUGCGCUGCCUGAUCUGACCCGAGCAAUCCAGCUGAAGCCGGACUUCCUUCCUGCCCGAUUGCAGAGAGGAAACAUCCUGUUGAAGCAGGGAAACACACAUGAGGCCAGAGAGGACUUUGAAACAGUGCUGCAGCGCUCUUUGGAUCACAAAGAAGCUGAGGAGCAGCUGAUGAAGGCGAAUGAGCUGGAGGAGCUGCAGGAGGAGGCGCACGCUGCCUAUCACCAAGGAGACUACAGCGCCACCAUCUCUGUGCUGGAGAGGGUGAUAGAGAUCUCUCCGUGGGAUCCGGAGUCCCGGGAGCUCCGUGCAGAGUGUUACAUCCGAAUGGGGGAUCCCCAAAAGGCCAUCCUGGACCUUUCGCCAGCAGCAAGGCUGCGGAACGACAACCGUGCCGCGUUCCUGAAGCUCAGCGUGCUGCAGUACAGCCUUGGAGAGCACCACGAGUCUCUCAAUCACGUCCGAGAGUGUCUGAAGCUGGACCAGGAUGACAAAGACUGUUUCAGCCACUACAAGCAGGUGAAAAAGCUCAGCAAGCAGCUGGACUCUGCAGAGGAGCACAUUCAGCAGGAGAGGUAUCGGGAAGCCAUCGAUAAAUAUAAGUCAGUGAUGACAACAGAUCCAAAUGUCCUGUUCUACACCAACCUGGCUAAGGAGAGGAUCUGCCACUGUCUGGUCAAGCUCGGGUUGGCUUUGGAGGCGAUAGAUUCGUGUUCAGAGGCGCACCAGAGGGACCCUCGUAACACCAACGUCCUCCGAGACCGAGCGGAGGCCUACAUCCUCAACCAGGACUACGAGAAAGCUGUGGAGGACUACCAGGAGGCGCGGGAGUUUGACAGCGACAGCAGCGCCAUCAGAGAGGGGCUGGAACGAGCGCAGAAGCUGCUCAAAGUCUCCCGGAAGAGGGACUACUACAAGAUCCUGGGUGUUGGCAGGAGCGCUAACAAACAGGAGAUCAUCAAGGCAUACAGGAAGCUGGCGCAGCAGUGGCACCCCGACAACUUCCAGUCCGAAGCUGAUAAAAAGGAGGCGGAGAAGAAAUUUAUUGACAUCGCAUCAGCAAAGGAAGUCCUUACCGACCCAGAAAUGAGGCAGAAGUUCGACGCCGGCGAGGACCCUCUGGACCCGGAGAACCAGCAGGGCGGCGGACAGAGAGCCUGGCCUUUCCACUUUAACCCCUUUGAGUCUGGAGGCAGCUUCCACUUCAAGUUCGAGCAAAAUUAAGAGACCCGACGGAGACCGUGUCAGGGAAUAUUUAUACACGUCUUCCCCAGAACUCGUACGUCAACCCGGACUCCUUUUCUUUAAAUAACCGAGGACUUUUCGCCACAAGCUCACGCUCCGACGGAUGAAAGUGAAGAACCGCGUUGUGGCUGCAGCUCUUUGGGUGUCGUCUGGAAGCGGUGGAGGUUUCUAAUUUAUUUGUGCCAUUUUUUUAACCUACACUUCUUAUUAAGGACAUUAAAGAAUGUUUUUCCUGCAGUAUUCAGAGGAUCUCUGUUUCUGAUUGAAGUAGAAGUUGUGACUAAAGCUGAAAACAGCGAGCAGAUGUUCGCAGAAUAACGGCGAGCAGCUGGUGGAUGUACGCUGAAUGAAAUCUUUAAUUUGAUCCUUUAAGUAGGAAAUUAGCUUCAAAUCAAAAACGUGUUAAACACCGAACCAAAUUUGGUUUCCUAGAUGAAAAUGAAGCACGUCAUAACUGAACUUUUCCUUUAUUUUGUUGAAGUUGCACCUUUUUUUGGCUCCACAGCUUCUCCUCUCCUGAAACGCUACUGUAGGCCGUUACUUGUUUAAGCUGUUCUACAAACCAAGCGUCUUCCGCAGCGAUCCGAGAGCCUCGUUUAUAAAUAAACGCUCUGGGCUGAGCUGGAGCUUGGGUUUCAGCAUCAUGAGUAGAAUGUUUGGAUAAUAUUUAUCUGAAGUGUGGAACCAAACCACAGAGCAACACCUAAAGUAAUAAACUGCUGUCUGUAAACGAGAUUCGGGCAUUGCGGCCGUGUGAGACACAUAUUUUCUGUUAUGCUAUUUUACGUUCUUCUUUGCACAAACUUAAGUUAUUUUAUAACUAACAGCCUUAAGACUGUAAUAGCUUGUGUGUGAACCAAAAUGUGACGGGUUCUUUGUUUUUAACUUGAAAAGAUUUUGUUUUCUUUUUUUCCUUUGUGGCAAAAACAUUUGUGGCCAAACUAAAUCAGCUGAUGUGCUCAAAUGUAUUAAAGUACAGAAACAAUCCA